AACCCAACACACACACACACACACACACACACGUACAACUGAACAUGUAAACUCAUACACAUUGAUAAGUGCAUUGAGCAAGCAUGGAUGAGCUGGAUCUUAUCCUAGAAGAGCUGGCUUUCAACUUAGCUGGUCCAGAGUCAGCUACCCAGAAGAAAGAAAGUGAUACAGCCAACACAAAUGGACAGGUCUCAAAUGUGUGUCCUGUUGGUCUCCCUCCAAAGAAAGAAAUUGAGACAGAUAGCACCAAUGCAUACAGUGAGUUACCAGCUCCAAUGGAAGCCGGUCUGCUGAGUCCUUGCUCUGCUACCAGAGAGCUGGACUCCAUAAUGGAGGAUUUGCUGUUUGGCCUGGAGAUGAGGCUCCCAGACCCUCCUCCUCCCUCAACCCCACCACCACUUGUCCAGAAGUCAGUCAAAAAGAACCAUGUUGGAGAAAAGAAAGAAAAGGAGGACACCCAAGCGAAACAGGAGAGCACCAACAGUCCUAAGACUUCUGAUCUGGAGCGCAAGGCAUCAACACAGAGAAAAACGGACGCCAUAGAUGACCUUCUGGGAGGCUUGAGCUCUGAUAUGGAGAAGAUGGGUGUACGAACGGUGGCGAAGGGCCACUGUGCUUCCUGUGGCAAGGUCAUUGUGGGAAAGAUGAUCACAGCCCUGGGCCAGGUGUGGCACCCAGAACACUUUGUUUGUGUGGAGUGUCAGGCUGAGCUGGGGACUAGUGGCUUCUUUGAGAGGGAGGGGAAGGCCUACUGUGAGAAAGACUACCAGCAUCUCUUCUCACCUCGCUGUGGUUACUGCAAGGGUCCCAUUCUGCAGAACAUCCUGACAGCGAUGGACCGCACCUGGCACCCUGAGCACUUCUUCUGUUCCCAUUGUGGGGAGCUCUUUGGGGCUGAAGGUUUUCUGGAGAAGGACGGGAAGCCGUACUGCCACAGAGACUUUUACCAUCUCUUUGCUCCAAAGUGCUCUGGUUGUGGAGACCCUGUGAGAGAGAACUACCUGACUGCAGCCAACGGCACCUGGCAUCCCAACUGCUUCGUCUGCUCAGACUGUCUGAAGCCCUUCAACGACGGUUGUUUCCUGGAGCUGGAUGGUCGUCCCCUGUGCUCUCUGCACUUCCACUCCCGCCAGGGUACACUGUGUGGGGGCUGUGGAGAGCCCAUCUCUGGCCGCUGCAUCUCUGCUUUGGAGCGCAAGUUCCACCCUGAGCACUUUGUGUGUGCCUUCUGUCUGCGUAAACUCAGCCAGGGGGUGUUCAAGGAGCAGGCAGGGAAACCCUACUGCUCAGCCUGCCACACCAAACUGUUUGUGUGAGACUUAUUUAACUGAUAAUGCCCGAGAUGCCAUGGUUUGGAGGAUAUAUUGGCACCGGUUUGAGUGCCGGCAAACCGGGCUUCGAGGGCAUUAUCACUUUUAUACAAUGGGUUACCAACAUAUUCAAAUAAUGAUUUGAAUAUUUUAAUUAAAAACGUUAUUUUGAUGAA